UUUCUUGACUCUAAGUUGUGGACAUUUGUCUGUCCACUGAAGAUUUUUACUAAUGAAGAAUCAGGCUGAAGGAAACUGAAGUGUAAGUGAUAAAGACAACUUCCGUUUUAAUGAGCUUAGCAGCACCAAAAAGCCCUCUUAAGUUUGUGCAGGUAGAAGCCAUUUGUGUCAACAGUGCUCCCGGUGGAACUAGUCAAUCUGGAGAAGGCUUCACAGCCUUGAGUUGAUGCAUUCUUUAAGGUAUAGCUUGAGCGCUUGGUUUCAAACAAGAUAAUUUCCUGAUGUUCGACAAACUGUUUUUCUUUUACAAACUACUGUUCAGAUUAAUAGAUCUGCCCCUGUACAUGGUUUACCUGGUCAUGAUGCACACUAGAUGGGCUGGGCCCUUGAAUGGAUCUGACGUCCCUCAAGUUCUAUGACAUCUAGCAGCAAAAUCUAAGGGCAUGGUUCAGAGUUUAUUGUUGUGCCUGGAUGACCUAUGCAGUGUGCAUCACAAUGAUUCAAGAGAAAAGGCAGCAAGCAGAGGACUUGGCCUUACCGCAGACAUCAUUGACCACUGUAAAUUGGUCCUUAAAUUUCCUGAAGGCACAAAUAGUACAUGGUAUAAUGCACAGUUUAAAAUUUUUGAGCCACUGGAGUAUAAAUAUGAUGUCUGUGAAGCCAUUCUUCUAUGGGAACAGUAUCGUAACAUGACUACGGUCUUGACAAGGGAAUACCUAGAUGUACGACCGGAUGGAUGGUUAGAUUAUGCUGCAAAAAGAAUUGCACAGUUGGGUGCAGAUAAAUGUUAUAAUCGCUCUAUUUGUGAGGAGCAUCUAAACUUGAUAUUACCUGCAAAGCCUCCCUUCCAUCCCCAGCAGUUUCGGACAUGUGCAGUGGUUGGGAAUUCUGGGGAUCUCUUAAAAACAGAAUUUGGACUGGAGAUUGAUGGGCAUGAUGCAGUCUUUCGAGAUAAUGAGGCUCCUGUUAAUGAGAAAUAUGCCAAACAUGUUGGACUGAAAAGGGACUUUCGCCUAGUUGUAAGAGGCGCUGCUCGUAACAUGGUUGCUAUUCUCGAUGGAUCUUCUGAUGAGGUGCUUAUAAUCAAGAGCGUAACACACAGAGAUUUCAAUGCAAAGAUAAAGGAACUUCCAAAUCCUGUUUAUCUUUUCCAAGGUAUCGUCUUAAGAAGGGGUGCUAAGGGAACCGGAAUGAAGUCCAUAGAAUUGGCUCUCUCCAUGUGUGACAUUGUUGAUAUAUAUGGUUUUACGGUGGAUCCCGGCUAUACAGAAUGGACACGGUACUUCUCGACUCCCAGGAAGGGGCACAAUCCAUUGCAAGGAAGGGCUUAUUAUCAACUGCUGGAGUGCCUCGGUGUCAUCAGGAUCCAUUCUCCUAUGAGAGCUCCGAGGAAGCAGGAUUGGUCUGAUGUGCCAGGCAAAGAAAUCAUAACAAGUGCUCACAUGGCUGCGUUGCGUUUGAAAAGAGAAAAAACUGGCCAAGAAGGUGAUUUGGGACCCUUUGGUAAUUGCAAGGUAUGGGGUACGGUAGACCGAGAUGGACCAGUAUCAGGAUCUCCCGACAUGGCUGAGGCUCGCAGCAAGUCAAAUUACAGUAAGUGGGAGCUCCUGCCACAUGAGAGCUUAAGAAAGGAAGCACAAAAACAUUAUGCCCAGAUGGGUCGCGUUUCUCUUUACAAAAUGGACGGGAACAGACUGGAUGAUCUCGUCUGUGUGAGGCACAGCUUUUAAUCUGAAGUUUAGAGAUAAAUAGGGGUUCUGGUUCAACUAUCGGUCCCAUGAAGAGACAGACAGGGGAGCAAGUGGAAUGAAGCUGCAUUAGUGCUCGAGGAGGUUAGGUUAGAGAGCAGGCCUUAGUGCUCCGCAGGACGAAACUAUUAUUACAAAGCAAGAGUGGCUUCUGCUUUAUUCGAUGGAUUGAAUUGGGAGACUGCAGAACUUCUCCCACGAGAAUAUUUACUCAAAGACAUUUCCAGGCAAUAUCGAUGCUUUCAUUCAUUGGUACCGGUCGUUUCAACUUUUCAUUGGACGAUCACCUUGUUCUUCCUAUAGCAUCUUCUUGUGGUACCAAUCAUACAACGUUUGCUACAAAAGCAUUAAAUAGUAUAGCAAUUGUUUAUGUCA